AUGGACGCCGACCUCGUGCAGCGCUGCCUCGAGGCCGGCGGCCGCGACUUCCUCCUCCACCAUACCUCCUCUCCUCCCUCUCCGACCUCCGCCUCCGCCGCUGCAUCCUCCUCCAUCCUCCAAUCCCUCCCCCUCCACGUGUCCUUCGACCGCGGGUACUACCUCCUCGUGAAGGCGAUCCAGGAGCUGCGUGCGCGCAAGGACGGCCACGUCGUUACCGUCGGCAUCGGCGGACCCACCGGCUCCGGCAAGACCAGCUUGGCUGAGAAGGUGGCGUUGGUGCUAGGGUGCGUCGUGAUCGUCUCCAUGGAGGACUACCGUACAGCAGCUGGUGGCGACGACGGCAGCAGCGACGUCGACGCCAUCGAUUUCGACGCACUUGCUAGCAACCUCCAGGAUCUUGUGAAGGGUAAAGAUACAAUGGUGCCACUAGUUGAUUUUCAAGAGAAGAAACGCACUGGAUGGAGACAACUGAGGAUUUCUUCAUCUGGAGUGGUGAUUGUCGAUGGUGCGUAUGCUCUGCAUUCAACGCUACGAUCAUUGCUUGAUAUCCGGGUUGCUGUGGUUGGUGGUGUUCAUUUUAGUCUGCUUUCUAAAGUUCAGCAUGAUAUUGGAGAUUCUUGCUCAUUGGACUAUCUGAUCGACAGUAUAUUUCCAUUGUUUAGGAAGCACAUUGAGCCAGACCUGCAUCAUGCACAAAUUAGGAUUGAUAACAGCUUUGUCUGCUCAUUUCGAGAACCGUACUACAAGCUAAAGUGCAAAAAUGAGUCAUCAGAUGGCAAGAAGUUGUAUUCUUUUGAACAAAAUAAAGCAGAAACUGAGAACUUUAUUGAGAUGUACCUUAGGCCACCUUUUGCUUCUGAAGAAAUGAAGAUUGAUGAUUGGAUUAAGGUUAGGCAAUGUGGAAUAAGAUACUACCUAUCUCUCGGAGACCAGAGGAUUGUUGACAAGUACUUCAUAAUCCGUCCAAAAGCUGAGUUUGAGGUUGGACGAACAACUCUUGGAGGAUUGUUGGCCUUGGGGUACAGUGUUGUUGUUAGCUUUAAGCGUACAUGCACAUCUGUCAAUAGAGAUCAAUUACUGAUAGCGGCAGAGACCAUUGACACCCUAAACGAGACCUUUUUGGUAUUAAAAGGUCCAAGUAGAAAGAUUGUUGCAGCAGAGGCUUCAAAGCUUGGUAUAAAGGGACCAUGGAUCACAAAGUCAUACUUAGAAAUGAUCUUGGAGAGCAAAGGGGUUCCACGACUUAAUACACCACCACCAGUAUCAAGCACACUGCUAACUGAAAGUCAAGAAAAGAAAAUUGCUGCACCUAAACCUAUUCGUGUUUCUGCUGAAAACAUUACAAAUCUUGAUGACUUGAUGCAACCAUGGACGAGAUCUCCGCCCAAAAAGUUGGAACAGGAACAUGUUUUGGCAAAAUGGCAGUUUAUCCCAGAUUCUUCUUCAAGAAGUAACAUCCAGCUAGCUCCUCUGCCAGAUUCUUAUGACCUGGAUAGGGGCCUUCUCCUAUCAGUUCAAGCAAUUCAGGCAUUGUUGGAGAACAAAGGAUACCCUGUCAUUGUUGGGAUUGGUGGUCCUAGUGGAUCGGGAAAGACAAGUUUAGCUCAGAAGAUGGCAAAUAUAAUUGGCUGUGAAGUUGUAAGCUUGGAAAGUUAUUACAAGCCUGAACAAGUGAGAGAUUAUAAGUAUGAUGAUUACAGCUCAUUGGAUAUUGCUUUGCUCACUAAGAACAUUAUGGAAAUCAGAAAUAGUCAUAAAGCGGAAGUUCCUUGCUUCGACUUUGAAAAUUUCAGCAGAAAGGGGUUCAAGGAGCUUCAAGUAUCCGAGGAAAGUGGAGUGGUCAUCUUUGAAGGUGUCUAUACUUUACAUCCUGCUAUAAGGAAAUUUCUGGAUUUGUGGAUUGCAGUUGUUGGUGGAGUUCAUUCACACCUUAUUGCAAGAAUACAGAGAGACAAGAAUCGUGCUGGCUUUUCUAUUUCCCAGACUGAAAUCAUGACCACUGUGUUUCCACUGUUUCAGCAAUACAUUGAACCACAUCUUGUCCAUGCUCAUCUUAAGAUUCAAAAUGAUUUUGAUCCUGUGCUCUCUCCUGAAAGCUCGCUUUUUGUGUUAAAAAGUAAAAAACAGGUGUCAUACCAAGACAUACUGAAGGUACUAGAUGCUAGUAAAGUCUGCAGUUCUGUCCAGAACUUUACUGAUGUGUACUUACGGCUUCCUGGCAUACCAACAAAUGGCCAGCUGACAGAAGGUGAGUGUAUCCGGGUCAGAAUUUGUGAAGGAAGAUUCGCAUUGUUGAUACGAGAGCCUAUAAGGGAAGGAAAUUUUAUUAUCCAGCCAAAGGUUGAUUUUGAUAUUAGUGCCAGCACUGUUGCAGGGCUGCUUAAGCUUGGUUACCAAGCUGUUGCAUAUAUUGAAGCUUCUGCUGUCAUUUACCAAGAUGGAAAGAUUUUAAUAGAAGUUGACCAUCUACAAGGAGUGUCGACUCCAUAUCUUCAAAUUAAAGGGACAAAUAAAGACAUAGUUACCUCUGCUGGUUCUGCACUCAGCUUGGAUGGUUCAUACACAACAAAGAGCUAUCUUCAAAUUAUUUUGGAGAGCUUACCAGCUGACGGUAAUGCAUCUAUUGGUAUUCACAAUCAACAAGCUGCAAGGCUGCAGGAACUGGUUGAGUUCAUCCAGUCACAGGGAGGGAGCUUCAAUUCAGAUUCAUCUUCACCAAUGCGAGAAAUUUCCUCUACAGAUAGUGUUCUUGAUGAUAUGCAGUCCAGGAUAAGGAAGCUUGAGAGAUGGAAUACAAUAAACAUGGUUCUGUGGACUAUAUUAUUGUCUGCUCUUGUUGGAUAUUCACUAUACCAGAAAAAACGUCACUAG